AUGGCACCUAGGCUUCCUCCUCCACCUCCUCAGUCAGAGACCUCUGAGUCCAAUGCUCGACUUGAGGCCAUACUUGAGGCACUGCAUAUGAAGACGAUCUUGACUGGAAGAGAGACUCCUAUUACGUGGGAGCUAUUCAGGACCAAAUUUUACACUGAAUACUUUCCAGACAGUGUAAGAUUUGUAAAAGAAGUGGAGUUUCUGGAGCUAGCACAGGGUAACAGAUCAGUUUCUGAGUAUGCGGAUCGAUUCAAACACCUUCUCCGCUUCAACACCAUGACAGUAGAUGAAGUUUGGCAGUGUAGAAAAUUUGAAAAUGGGCUGAGGAAGGAUAUAAAAUUGCUAGUGAAAGGGUUGCGCAUCAGAGAGUUCUCCACUUUAGUGGAGAUGGCCCGUGAUAUGGAGAAGACCAAGGGAGAACCAGAAGAGCCACAGAAUCAGCGGAUCCAACCACUGAGGGUUGGAGGACCUACGGUAUCGAGGGGUGGAUCCAGCUCUAGGACGACCCCUUUCUCUAGACCUACCUCUUCUGGGUCUAGGGGUUCAUCAUCUCAGCCUUCACUGAUAGGGUAUAAGAGGUGUAACAUCUGCAGACGAGACGACCAUUAUGGUAGAGACUGUCGUACAGUCAGGAGGACAGGGCCAUCGCCAUGCCCAUCGGGGAGAGCAGUACAGAGAGGUGGCAAUGUCAGGCCGCAAGCAACAGGGAGAGUUUACGCCUUGACUGGAGCUGAGGUAGCCAGCGCAGGUAAUCUCAUUGUUAGUAGCUACUUAUUAUCUGGAGCUUCUUGUGUGGCACUGUUUGAUUCGGGGACGACGCAUUCAUUUGUGUCUAAGGCUUGUGUGGAGAGGCUCGGUCUAGUUGUCAGAGAGCUUCCGUGUGAUCUGGUGGUGUCUACACCAGUAGCGGGGUUGGUCAGGACAUCUAAUGUGUGCUCUAGAUGUCCUAUUGAGGUAGAGGGGCAUAAGUUCAAAGUGAACCUUAUUUGCUUACCUGUGCAAGGGCUAGAGCUAAUAUUUCCCGAAGAAGAUGAAGACCUUUCGUUGUCGCUCGGUGUAUUGAGGCAAGACAUCUUUGAGGGUACUAGUUGUUUCUUAAUCAUGUUCCAUAUGGACGAGACUUUUGAUUUAAACUCUUCAGCGCAUGGGAACCAGAGUGUAAAUCUUCUGGUUGUUAAUGACUUCAUGGAUGUCUUUCCUGAAGAAGUUCCUGGUUUACCUCCUCCGCGAGAAGUGGAGUUCUCUAUUGAUCUGGUCUUAGGAGUAGGGCCAGUAUCUAUAGCCCCUUAUAGGAUGGCUCCAGCCGAGUUGGCUGAGUUGAAAAAGCAGAUUGAAGAGCUGUUAGAGAAGUAA